AUGCCUCCCAUCGUAGACAUCCACACCCAUGUCUACACUCCAGCGUACCUGGACAUGCUCCGCUCCCGCAAAAAAGUGCCCUACGUCCACGACCCAGCCGACCAAAAUGCAGACUCUCGCUUGAUUAUCCUGUCUUCAGACGACAGCGCGUCCAUCCCUGCCGACCAGCGAGGAAGACCCGUUGACUCGUCGUACUCGGACAUCAACGUCAAACUCGCGUUUAUGCGGCGCCAUGGAAUCACCACCAGCGUGAUAUCGCUGGCAAACCCAUGGCUCGACUUUUUGGAUGCCGAUGAGGCGCAGUCAUGGACUGAGCGGAUCAACAAUGAUCUCGAAGAGACAUGUGCGAGAGUGAACAGCAGCAGCACAAAAGCUCAAGCUGAGGGUAAUGGUGGUGCCAAAACGCUAUACGCCUUUGGCGCCCUCCCGCUCAGCGCGCCCAGCCCAUCUAUCGUGUCUAACGAAAUUACACGUCUCAAAACCCUGCCACACAUGCGCGGCAUAAUCAUGGGUACAUCUGGCCUGGGCGCUGGUCUCGACGACCCGGCGCUCGACCCGAUCUGGUCAUCUCUCGAAGAAACGCAAACGCUGCUUUUCCUGCACCCUCACUAUGGUCUCCCCGACGAAGCGUUUGGAGGCGCCGAGGCCACGCAGCGAUAUGGCCAUGUGCUUCCGCUCGCGCUGGGGUUCCCGCUGGAGACGACCAUUGCUGUGACGCGUAUGUUGCUGUCUGGUGUGUUUGAUCGGUUUCCAAAGAUAAAAAUCUUGCUGGCGCAUUCCGGUGGUACAUUGCCGUUUUUGGCGGGCAGGAUUGAGAGCUGUAUUGCACAUGAGCGCCAUUUUGUGGCAAAUGGGGGGACGACCCAGGGUCCUGUGAGGAGUGUGUGGGAUGUUCUCAAGACCAAUAUAUAUCUGGAUGCUGUGGUGUAUGGGGAGGCUGGGCUAAAGGCAGCAAUACACGCGGCAGGUGGUCAUGAUAGGCUUUUAUUUGGCACCGAUCAUCCUUUCUUUCCUCCCCUGGACGAAAAAGAAGAUAGUGAAUGGCUCAGCGUGAGCACAAAUUUUUCAGCAAUCGAAAAAACAUUGAGCCCGGACCAAGAAGCUGUCAGGGCUGUUCUUGGUGGCAAUGCAGUCCGCAUAUUGAAUCUGAAUUAG